AUGGAUCAAGGGCUAUAUGACUUUUUUUCAGGACAUUUUUUCUUCAGCCGUUUCCUCAGCGUAAUUUUAUUAAAAAUUAAAGAAUUUUGCUGACUCAAAUGACUUAUAAGAAAAAAAUUGACUAAAUGGUACUGACUCCCCCCGCCUUUAAAUUUGAAAAAAAAAAUUUGUUCCAAUUUAAAGGGGGUUGAGAUAAUUUUUUUAUGAAAAAAUAAAUUCAAAAAUUAAUCGAAACUUCUUUAAUAAAAGACUAUUUACUUUUUAUCCUUUAAAACAAAGCAAGAUAUAACUAAAUUUUUUAUUAUUAACUAAUACACUACUAUUAAUUGGUAUCAAAACUAUUUACACAAAAAUUAUUAUUUUUAUUGAUAAAAAAUAAUUAAAAAAAACAUUUAGAAAAUUUAUCAACCAAAGUGUUAAUUUUGUUUAAAUAAGAUGUUAUUUAUACUCUAUUCUUUAAAAUAAAGCAAGAAAUAAGUAAAUUUUAAAUUUUUGUAAAGAAUUUGCAUUGAAUUUAUAUCAAAUGAAAAUAUUGUUUUAUCUGAAAAAAAUUAAAAAUUUUUUUAAAAGUUUAGCAAUUAAGGAUAAUAAAUUUAUUUUAAAUAAGAUGCUCUUUGUACUCUAUUCUUUAAAAAAGAGCAAGAUAUACUAAAUUUUUAAUUUUAGUUGAAGAAACAUUUAACUUAUAUCAUAACUUUUUUACUAUAAAAUUUUUAUCAUAAAAUUGAAUUUUGUUCCAAUUUAAAGGGGGAUUAAUUUAACAAAAAAAUGAAAAUUUUACCUAUAUUUUGUUCCAAGUUAAAAGGGGGGGAGUGAGGAAAUAUCUGCCGAGGAAAAAUACAAAAACAACUGCUGCAGAUCAAGGAUUCUAUCAAAUACUUUACACUUUAGGCAUUGACACAAUUAUUUUCUCAAUUUUAUUUUUGCUAUUUUUAUUAUCUCAUAACUAUAGAACUAAGCAUACCACUACUUAUAAGGCCGAAGAUGCUCAGCCGAAGAAUGCUAUUUAUUCAGAAUCUGAGACACCCGUAUGAAAAUUGCUAAAAAUCGUAUGGAGAACCGGUCUUAUGGACAUUCAUGAAAAGUGUGGGCUUUUAGCUUAUAUUUAUCUAUCUCUCUUAUGGCAGAUAAUUAUAUUUUUAUCUAUUGUCUGCAUUUUGGGGAUUCCUUCAUUAGUCCCUAUAUAUUUUUCUGGGAAUGGCCUCCCUGAUGAAAGUACUAAUAAAGAAGGAAUUGCCAACAUUUUGGAUGAUGAAUAUUUAAUGAUAGCGCCCAUACUUUAUUAUAUAUUUUUUUCAUUUCUUGCCUAUUGGCUUGUCUAUAUAAUUUUAAGAACGAUUUCCUAUAUAUCUCUGGGCACAAAUUAUGAGCAGGCUUAUUUAUGGUAAAUGCCAUAAUUUAUAUUAAAAUUAUUAUAAUUUUUUAUUAUAAAAAUUUAAAAAAAAUAAAGCUAAAUAGUAUAGAACAACUAUAAAUGUAGGAUUUAAUUAG